AUGAACAAGGAAGAAGAACCAAUUUAAGAACCAUUAAUAAUUGAAAGAAUCUAAUAAAUAGAGAUUAAAAGUAACAAAGGAAUGUCUUAACUUUCAGCAUUGACUGAUUAAUCUAAGAAUGAAACUCAUUUAUAUGAGAUUCCAGAUCUUUCAAAUGUUACAUAAAAUGUUCUAUGUCGUUUAAUAUCUGUUUCUGUAGUUUGUAUUGUAUUUUUGAUAGCAGAGGUAUAUUAUAUUGAGAUUAAAUGAAAGGUUGUUGGAGGUUUAUGGGCAUAAUCAUUAGCAAUAUUAUCUGAUGCGGCACAUAUGUUUUCUGAUAUGAGUGGAUUUUUUAUAUCAAUAUUUUCAAUUUGGUUAGGUUAACGACCAGCAUCAUAGAAAAUGUCUUUUGGAUAUCAUAGAGCUGAAGUAAUUGGAGCAUUAGCAAGUAUAGUAUUAAUAUGGGGAUUAACUAUUUUAUUACUUUAUGAAGCAACAUAAAGAAUUAUAAAUAAAACAUUAGUAACAAAUCCACUUAUAAUGUUGAUUACUGCAGGAUUUGGAUUAUUUUGUAAUUUAGUUAUGGCUAAAGUAUUGCAUUCAUCUCCAAGUGGUGGACAUAGUCAUGAUCAUCAUCAUGGUCAUUUUCAUAGUCAUGAUCAUCAUGAUCAUAAUCAUAAUCAUAAUCAUAAUCAUGAUUAAGAACCAAAAUAAAAAAAAAAGAAAUUUAAUGUUAAAUAAAAAAGAUCUAUGGUAAGUGAAAAUGGAGUUAGCAUGCUUGUUGUUGAAUAAAGUAUAGAAUCUGAUUCUAAUAAAAGCAAUAGUAAUCAAACUAUUUAAGAAGUUAGUAGUGAAAGUAAAUAAACAAGUAAUGGUAAACAAAUAGAAAAUUAAAAUUAACAUCAUAAUCAUUCUCAAAAUUGUGAUCAUAAUCAUUCUAAAUAAAAAUAUUCUGAUGAUUUUGAAAGUUAAACAAGUCAAUAAAAUAACAAUAAACAUGAUCAUAGUAGUAGUAAUUAUUCUUAUGAACAUGAUGAUGAUGAUGAAGAACAUGAACAUAAACAUGAUCAUGAUAAUGAAUAUCAUGAAUUGAAUAAAUAAAGAAAAAAAAAAUUAAAAAAUCAUAAUCUAUCUGAAAUUAAUGAACAUGAUAACUAUAAUUUAAAAGCAGCUAUGAUACAUGUUAUUGGAGAUAUUUUAUAAUCAAUAGGAGUUUUGAUAGCUGCAUUAUUAAUAUUCUUUUUUGGUCAAAAAAAAGAUGAAAAUCAUUAAAUUAUUUUUACUUAUUGGUAAUAUGCUGAUCCUCUAUGCACUUAUUUAUUUAGUAUUUUAGUACUUUUUACAACUUUUGGAGUUGCAAAAGAAUGUUUAAGAGUAUUAAUGGAAGGUACACCAACAAGUAAUUAAUUUUAUUUUAUCUUAGACUUAAUUAUAGAAGAAUUUAGAGAUAAAUUAAAUGCUAUUCAUAGAGUUAAAGAAGUUCAUGAUCUUCAUAUAUGGUCUUUAUCAGUUGGUAAACCAGCUAUGUCUGCACAUAUAGUUUGUUUGGAAAACCCUGAAUAUGUAUUAAAAAAAGCAACAAAAUUAUGUAGAAAAUUUGGAAUUUAUCAUUCUACCAUUUAAAUAGAACUAUAUGAUAGGCAAGGAGCAAAUGAUUACAUUAAAUGUAAUCAUAACUUGCAUAAAUGA